AUGCUCAAAGAUGUGCUAAUAGAGCUACUUAGCUUCUCACAAAUUCAUCCAUUAAUCACAAUCGUAAUAGUACUAUUGUUACUAUGUUUGUACUACACUAUAUAUUUACCAACAACAUCACCAUUAUGGAAAAUCCGAGGUCCAUAUCUAUAUAGAAUCACCAAACUUCCCUAUUUAAAUCAUCAAAGAAAAGGUUCAUGGAUAGAAACAGUUUACAAUUUACACAAACAAUACGGAUCAGUAGUUUUAUUAUCACCACAAGAAAUAAGUGUUAAUGGAUCAUCAAAUUUCAUAAAUGAUAUUUACUUGAAAAAUUUACCAAAAUCUAAAUUUUAUGAAAAUUUUACAAAUCAUGGUUCCGAUAAUAUUUUCGCAACUUUAGAUAAUAAUAAACAUAAGAAGUAUAAGAAAAUUAUUAAUAAGUUAUAUAAUAAAAGUAAUAUUUUUAGUACUGAGAAUAAUACCAGAAGAAUACUAAUCAAUACUACUAAAUCAUUGAUUAAUAAUAUAUAUGAAAGUUCCGUGUAUGGUAACUCACCAGAUAAUAAUACGGUUGCAUCAAUUUUCAAUCCACAUGGAAAAAGUCAUAGAGAACCCAGUUGGUACAAUAAAUCUAACCAAUCAAAAAAUUUAUCAAUGGAUGUGUUCACAUUAUUUGGAGCAUUAGCAAUGGACGUUGUUUCAAAGUUUGAACUAGGUGAAAACAAUGGAACAGAUCUUAUACAAAACCCUCAGGAGAGAGAAGUAAUAUUGAAACAUAGACAAGUUUCAAGCAUGGGAUUUUGGACUACUUUAAUGCCCCUGUUUUGGAACUAUGCUGCAAAUUCAAUAGUAUUAAAAGCAUUAGAAGAUAUUACAAAUUUUCAAAUUUCAUUAUAUGAAUUUGCUGAACGAAAUUACAAUACAAAUGGUAAAAAUUUAACAACCUUAGAAACUUUAAAAAGUAAAGGGUUGGAGGGUAAUAAAGCAUAUCUGUUCUUAAGUGAUAAUUUAUUUGCUGGUCAUGAAACUACGGCUGUUCAAUUAUGUUAUUUAACUUAUGAAUUAUCAAGACCUGGAAAUAAACAUAUUUUGGAGUCAUUACAAAAUGAAUUAUUUGAAAAUUUUGGUAAACCUACAACCACUAAUAAUAUAAUUGAAGAUUUAGAAAAAAUUGAUUCAUUACCUUAUUUGAAUGCAUUAAUUUUGGAAAAUUCAAGAGUUCAUAGUUCAAUUCCAGGUGCAGAACCGAGAGUAUUAGAUAAAAAUUAUCAAAUUGAUCAAUUCAUAAUUCCUAAAGGAACAACAAUAUCUUGUUUACCAUAUGCAUUACAUAGAGAACCAUCAAUUUUCCCACAAUAUGAUGAUUUUAUACCAGAAAGAUGGUUACAAUAUCCAGAGGAGUCAGAAGAACAGUACCAAAACAGAAUAAAAUUACAAAAUAAAUUUAUGAUGCCAUUUGGUAAAGGUAUAAGAAUGUGUUUAGGAAUGCAACUAGCAUUAAUAGAAAUGAAAUUAGUAAUUGCAAAUAUAUAUUGGCAAUUCAAUACAAAGUUAGAUGAAGAUUGGUGUAUUAUAGAACCUGUAUUAAAACCAGUAAGACUAGGUAUCAAAAAUCGUGGUGAAAAUAAAUAUGAUUUCGAAUUGAUGACUAUGUUUGAUUCUUAUACUAUUCAACCUAUUAAUGAUGAAUGUUGGUUAAGAUUUUAUGAAAAUUGA